UGAGGGAAUGCGAUAGGAAGCGGCAGAAGGGCCCGGUGGCGGCCUCAGCAGCCGCCUCCAGCGCUGCUGAUUCGGCCAACCAGCCGCCCCGUUUGUUCCGCCUGCCCCAGGACGUCGAACAGCUGUUUUUCCCUCUCUGUGGCGCUGACGGCCUGGCUCUCUUUCGGCACACAUGCCCCCUCGGCAGCCGCCGUGUGUCGGAGGACUACAUCAAAUCGCAAAUCGACCGCCUGAUGGUCGCCAAGGGCAUCCAGAAUGUCGUCAGCUAUCGGGUGCCGUGGAGGGCGCGGAGGGACCAGCUGCGGCCGAUGGACUUCCUCCUGCGGCUGCUGGUACAUGGACGCACUCCAUCUAUCACAUACUGUGUGUCUGUUGUCAUGUCUGUGUAUGUGGCAGUAUGUCAUCGAGAAGAGCGGCGACUGGGCGGGGUGGGAGGCCAUCGUCAGGAUGGCGAAGCAUCGGGGGCUGAUGGGGCGGUUGCCGAUAGAGCUGACCAGUGCUGAUGUGGAGGGUGUGGGCAGCCGGGCGGUAGUCGACGGGCGGUGUGAGGCGCUGCGCCAGCUGUCCCUCAUCGGCCGCCACCUCGGUGUGGCGCUGCAGCGCGACAACAAGGGCGAGGAGCGGCUGAAUGGGCGUCUGCUGACCAUCCACACACUGCACACGCUGCCGGCCGACCACCCCUUCCGCGAUAGAUAUGACCCGGCAAACCCCGUGUGUGAGUUUGACGGUGAGGGAGGGAGGGAGGGAGGGAGGGAGGGAGAGCUAUGGGCAAUGGACCAUUUGCUUGCGUGUGUGUAUGUGUCUUUGCAGGCUUUGCGUUUGCUUCAAUUCGCGACGCUGUGUUGUAUGAGUGAGAAAUAUGAGCAGAAUGAUACACAUAAACACAUUAGCACAUUGGCUGCGUCGCUCUGCCAUGAUGUGUCUGGUCAGGAUGCGUUAUAGGGGGUCGGAGGUCGCGGACCAGUAUGUCUACCAGCACCUAGAUGCCCCACGCCACAACCGACUGGUCAGCCGCAUACAGACACCCACGAUUGCCUCACCAGCUGCCCCAUUAGCUCAUUGUCUUAUCCUUUUCGCUUCAGCGGGAGCUCGCCCAUCAGCAGCCUCCCGUCUGGAAGUGCGGCACCAUCAGCACCAACCACUAUGCGGCAGGAGACCGCGCGCGCGUGAUAGUGCUGCACGGCGACCAGCCCCAGCACACAUUCGAGGCUCACCUCUACAUCUUCGGCGGCUCCACCUUUUCCCACGCCAGACUCUACACGACGGAGCGUCCGGUGGCGGGCAGGAUGGGAGCCGCCAGAUUCCCACAGACUGUGAGGGUGGUGCGGGAGGUCAUGGGGGCCGACGCACAGGGGGCGUUUGGCAAUCAGCUAGCCGUAGCCGUAGACUAAUCUGUUGAUCUUUCAACUCUCGAGUGUACAGACAGCCUUCUUGUCGGCCUGUUGGCCACGCCAACAGGCGGCAGGCAGACAGGCAGGUGUGUGUUCGAGAGACUGACUGACAGACAAGUUGACGGAUGCAUUAUGUGUGGUGUGGCUGCCUGCAUGGGGUGGGGAGGGGUACUUAUUUGAAUGGAUUGACAGACUGCCUUCCUGCCUGUGUGUGGGUGUCUGACGGAUUUUUUCAAUGGGAGGAUGCAGUACGUGGG